AUGGCGGGAGACGCCGCACCGGCAAGGGUAAAGGGGGCAAGGGUGCUGGAGGAGCUAGCGGGGGCAGUGGAGGUGGCGGUGGAGGCGGUGGAGGGGGUGGGGGUGGUGGUGGGAGUGGUGGCGGGGGUGGGGGCGUCGGUGGCGGCAGUGGAGGCGGAGGAGGUGGCGGCGGUGGUGGAGGGAGCGGAGGAGGCGGAGGUGGCGGCGGCGGUGGAGGUGGUGGCCGCAGCAGUGGGACUGGUCGAGGCGGCUCUGCGCAGAGGGGCGGCUCCGGUGGUGCGGGGUUGGGGUGCUGGUCCCUGUACCUUCGUCCUGCAUACCGGCGACCGUACGGGUGAGCAGUGCGGGGGCCCGCACCCCACCUUGCGCUGCUUCGGCCGCCUGACGGACGCCUGGCAUCUCCAGUUCCCUGACGCCACUGAGAUCCCUCGCCGGGGAGAGCUGCAGAGGUCGGGGGUUGCUAUCUUUGAUCUUGAUUAUGAUGCUAUUCUUGCUGCCAUGUAUGCUGUGUCUGCUAGUGAUGAGGGUGACUGUUACCUGUGUGUUCCGCCUGACCCGAGCAUUGGGACUGCUGCUCUAGGUGCUGGUGAGGCUGCUGCUCUAGGUGCUGGUGAGGCUGCUACUCUAGGUUCUAGUGAGUCUGCUGCCCCAGGUGCUGGUGAGUCUGCUCUCUCAGGUACCACGUCGUCUCAGGCCUCGCACACCUUCACCCUUGACUCGGGUGCUUCCCGCUCCUUCUUUCGAGACCGCACCACACUCACGCCGCUUAGUCGGCCAGUUGCGGUCUCCCUGGCAGACCCCUCUGGGGGUCCUGUCCUUGCCCACUUCUCCACUGUCUUACCGUGUCCGGCGGCCCCUUCUGGCACCCUGUCAGGUCUCUACCUCCCCUCGUUCUCUACGAACUUGGUGAGUGGUGCUGACCUACAGGAUGGGGGGGUUGACCAGUUCACUCCUGCGAGUCAGCGAGUGACCCACUGCACGUGUGCUCGGACGGGCCGACACUUCGCCACGUAG